AUGGGAUUGCUUUUCUUAUCGGUGAUCAGCUAUGCAUUGUACAAAAUAAUCAAGAAAACUAAAGCCAAGAAAAGGAAACAGAGAUUUUUUAAACGCAAUGGUGGUCUACUUCUUAAACAACAACAAGAUACUGAUAUCGGUUUAGUUGAUAAAACAAUACUUUUCACUUCCAAAGAAUUGGGGAAGGCCACCGACCAUUUUAAUGAGAAUAGAAUUCUUGGUCGAGGAGGUCAAGGUACAGUAUAUAAAGGUAUGUUAGCUGAUGGAAGGAUCGUAGCAAUAAAGAAAUCGAAGGUGGUUGAUGAAAGCCAACUAGAAGAGUUCAUCAAUGAGGUAGUAAUUCUCUCACAAGUCAACCAUAGAAAUGUGGUCAAACUAUUGGGAUGUUGCCUAGAGACCGAGGUCCCACUACUUGUCUCUGAGUUCAUCCCAAAUGGUACGUUAUAUGACCUUAUUCAAGAUGAAUCUGCCAUGGAAGAAGGUCAUGUGAUGUCUAUUUUUGAUGCAACGGUUAUUAAGGAGGGUUCUAGCAUUGAGUUACUAGCUAUAGCUAACUUAGCAAUGCGAUGUUUGAACUUCAAUGGGAAAAAUAGGCCAACAAUGAAAGAAGUUGCCACUGAGUUAGAAGGCAUCAGACUAUCAUAUGUUCCAUCUACAGAUCAAAUUAAUUUUGGACAUGUAAAGCAACACGAGGAGGUAUUGCUUUCAUAUGGUGACUCAACAUCAACAUCAACAUCAUUCACAUUCGGCGACAACCCUAGUCGUUGA